AUGGCCGAGAAAGAAACGCCCCUCACGGCCGUCCAGGUCGAGGCCCUGGUGGUCAUGAAGAUUAUCAAGCACUGCUCUCAGAGCUUCCCUACGACCGCGACCGGAUCCCUCGUCGGUAUGGACGUCGGAAGCACCCUGGAGGUCACCAAUUGCUUCCCUUUCCCCGUCGUUGAAAUGCCUCCGGAAUCCCACUUUGACACCUCGCCUCAAAAUGCGGCCGCGGCGGCUCCUCGGGCCAAGGCCAACACGGUCUAUCAGGCGGAGAUGAUUCGCAUGCUGCGGGAGGUCAACAUCGAUGCUCAGAACGUCGGGUGGUACACGAGCGCGAACAUGGGCAACUUUGUCAACAUCAACGUGAUCGAGAACCAGUACUUCUACCAGAAGGAGAUGAACGAGCGCACUGUCACCCUCGUCCACGACGUCAGUCGCAGCUCCCAGGGUAGCCUGAGUCUGCGCGCGUUCCGCCUGUCGCCGCAGUUCAUGGCCGCUUUCAAGGAGAACAAAUUCACCUCGGAGCAACUGCAGAAAUCGGGUCUGCGAUACCAGGAUAUUUUCGUUGAACUGCCCGUUAAGAUUCACAACUCCCACCUCCUCACGUCCUUCCUUCACCAGCUGCCGUCGCCACUUCCAUCGACGCCAUUGGAUUUCCCUCAAUCUCUCUCCGCGCUGAAGAACGGGCCUCUUGCGAAGUCGUCGGUUCUGACGCCCAACUUUGACAACCUGUCGUUGAGCAUCGAUCCGUUCCUGGAAAAGAACUGCGACCUGCUCCUCGACGCCAUCGAAACGCACCACACGGAGAACAACAACUUCCAGUACUACCAGCGCUCGCUGGCGCGUGAACAGGCCAAGAUCGCGCAAUGGCAGGCGAAGCGCAAGGCUGAGAACAUCAGCCGGGCGGCGCUCAAGCAGCCUCUGCUGCCUGAGGAUGAGUGGCAGCGACUGUUCAAGCUUCCUCAGGAGCCGAGUCGGCUGGAGAGCAUGCUGAACAGCAGACAAGUGGAGCAGUACUCGCGCCAGAUCGACGGCUUCGUGUCUGCGACCACCGGCAAGAUGUUUGCGGUCAAGGGCAACUUGCUUCCUGGCGAGACGGCCCAGGAGGGAAAAAUGUGUCUCUUGGCUGUUCAUACCUCGAUAGCCAUUUCUCCUGUUUUUAUUCCAGUGACGAAUAGAGUUAACGGGACCUACCGUUUGCGGCCUAGAACGCUAGGGCACAGCCAUCAGGUGACUUCACUCUUCCGACAAUCGGCCUCUCUUCUAGAUCGUUGGCCACCGUCGGCGACUGCUCGGAGGCCCACCGCCUCUUUUUUAUCAGAUCCGCAUCAGAUAAGAUUUGCCUCUUCUCCCCGCCAUAGCCCAUCUCAACUGCAACCUGAUUCUGACGCUUCACAACUGCUUAUUUACUACCGUUCGCUGGCAACAGGGACAUUGCCAGGCCAGGAGUCUUUUCCGAUGUAUAACAGCAACACUGAUAUCUGGAUUGCUGGAGCUGUAGCCGCGUUCACGGUCGACUUUGUCGUCUAUCCCCUCGAUACCCUAAAAACCCGGAUUCAAUCGCCGCACUAUGCCAAGCUCUACACCAAUCUGGCCACCGGCCGGGUGAACCGCGCGCUGCUGUUCCGGGGCUUGUACCAGGGGAUCUGGAGUGUGGUGUUGGCUACGAUACCGUCAUCCGGAGCCUUCUUCACGACAUAUGAAGGGAUCAAAUACGCCCUCAAUUCCGCCUCCUCGUCGUCUCCGAACCCGGAGAACAAUCUCCUGCCAUUCACGCAUUCGCUACCAGCCCCCGUCGUCCACGCCAUUGCGUCCUCAGCCGCAGAGUCGGUGUCGUGCUUCAUCCUCACGCCAGCCGAGGUCCUGAAGCAGAAUGCGCAGAUGCUCACGGCACGAACGCCCGGCAUGCGGGGACACAAUGCCACAUUGCAGGUCCUCGCGCAGUUCCGCCACCAUCCGACACGCCUCUGGAGGGGGUACACUGCCCUGGUAGCGCGGAAUCUGCCCUUUACAGGGCUCCAAUUCCCUCUUUUCGAGCACCUACGGACACGGAUAGUCGAGUGGAGGAAGAAAAGAAAGGCUGGUGUUGAUUCUACGCAGAAGACAGAGGACAUAUUCGAGCGAGCGGGGAUCACGGCCAUCAGCGCAGGACUCGCAGGGAGCGUCGCUGCCGUCGUCACGACCCCCGUCGACGUGGUGAAGACGAGAAUCAUGCUCGCCGCAGGUCGCGGGGGCGAUGAAUCAUCAUCCUCACCAACUGCCCAAAGAAGAAGACGACCAGGCGCGCUGGCCGUCGGUCGCGACAUCUACCUCCAGGAAGGGCUCAAGGGUCUCUUCCGCGGCGGUGCUCUUCGCGCGGGGUGGACCGCUCUGGGACUGGGUUUGUAUCUCAGCGCGUAUGAGAGCGGACGCCUCUACCUCGAAAACAGACGGAAGAGCCAGAGCCAGACCCAGAGCGAGCUGAGCUUCAAGAGGAAGACCGAGGAAGGCGAAGUAGUCAUUUAA